AUGUCCUCGCCGGCGCCGCACCUCGUCGACGAGAUCCUGGAGGAGAUCUUCCUCCGCCUGCCAACCCCGGCCGCGCUCGCCCGCGCCUCCACCGCCUGCCCUCGUUUCCGCCGCAUCGUCACCGGCCGCUCCUUUCUCCGCCACUAUCGCAAACGCCAUCCGCCGCCGCUCCUCGGAUUCGUCGACGAGAGCGGAUUCCACCCCGCCCAGGAACCCCACCCCUCCGCCCCGCUCGCCCGUGCCCUCGCCGACGCGGCCGAUUUCACCUACUCCUUCGUCCCCAAACACGGCGAGGGGCACGUGUGGGUCCCGUGCGACGCCCGGGAUGGCCGUGUCCUUCUCGAAGACGGGCAAUUUUGGGAGGACUUCAGAAACCUCGCGGUGUGUGAUCCAUUGUCACGGCGAUACGUGCUACUUCCACCCAUAUCGGAUGAGCUUGCUGCUGCCAGGGAAAAUCGCAAUGUUGAAAUCGUGCCCAUCCUAGCUCCCAUUGGCGAGGAGGACGAGGAUGAGACCUCGUUCAAGGUAAUAUGCUUUGCAGACUAUACAACCAAGCUGGUGACGUUUGUCUUCUCGUCCCUCACGGGGCAAUGGUGUAUAGCUGCAUCACCCAGCUGGAGUUCUUUGGGCACCGGCCGCCCCCAUGGGUUUCGCAACUUCUGCUCUUUAGGGUGCCGUGGCUUGUCAUGUUUUGACUACGUGCGCGGAUGCUUCUACUCGGCGUCACCUUGGAUGGACAAGUUACUCAUGCUGGACAUUCGAAGAAUGGAAUUUUCUACAGUCAACGAUCGCACGGGCUACCAUAUGCAUCUCAGGUGUCUGCCUGGCCAGGCGGAUGAAGUUGUUGACAGAAACGAUAUGCCAUCCAGACGCCGGUCUGGCCAUACCAGAAGUCUUCCUCGCAUUGUAGUGGGCAAAGAAGGGACUAUUGAGAUGUUUUCUCUCGUUGGUGGUCACAGCCCAAAUAGCUCGUUUGGUCUCUAUCAUACAACUCAGCAAAAUAACUCUGAAUCUCCCAAGGAAUGGCAGCUAGAGAAUAUUAUACAGUUGCCUGGCCAGUAUCAUUAUUUCACCUUGGGCGCGGCUGAGGGAUUCUUAUUCCUUGGAGCCACUACAGAAGAUCAGCUGGACAUUGACGAAGACUCGCCGGUGUGGUUGUCAAGGACUGAUUGGGAUGUAGACUAUUUUUCUCUGGAUGUCAAGACUUCUGAACUUGUAAAGGUUUGUAGGAGGAAGAAGAAAUUCUUCCAUUAUGAAAAUGUUUAUUGGUACUUUGGCUUCCCUCCGUCGUUAUCAAAGCCGACUAUUUAA